UUCUCAGUUUGUAUUGAUACUUUGAAUUUAUAACAUUUCUCGCAAAGCUUGUCUACUAACUCAUCGGUGUUAUUGAUGAUGGUGUAAUAAUUAAUAAUUAUCAAAUUUUCUAAUACAUUACUUCCUUGUAUUAUUGAAUAAUAUUAAGCAUUUCUCAUGCAAGAACUUGAAGAAAAUAAGAUUACUAUUCAUAGUAAUGCUCAUAGGAUGUUGUUUGAAGAUAGCGAGACUGAAAAAAUAGAAGGAAAGACUACUAAUUCACCACUAGUUUUAAAUAACAGUGAAAUCAAUAAAAGAAAGCAUCGAGCUCCUCAGCUUCAAAAAGGCCUUAAGACGUCCAUAAAUACCUAACCCCUCCUCUCCGCUCAAAAACAAUCUUCCUCGGCCAAAAAUCACUAAAAACUCCCUUAAAAACCCCCCUCCUCCAAAACCCUCUCUCCCUUCACCCCCACCGCCCACCCUUCUCCAUCCCAACCCCUCUCUAUCCCCCACUCCCUCUUCCCCUUCUCUUCCAGCCUCCCUUCCCAGCCAAAUCCCGAACAAGGAUUUGGCUCAACUGAGGCAGAAGAAAGAUGGCCAGUUGAAGAAGGGGCUGAAGAAGAGAGCUAAAGGGCAGAAGGAAGGGAGGAAGAGUGGAAGGGGCUUGGGGGGAAUAGAGAGGUUGAGGAAUAAUGGAGGGAUAGAGCAGAAGGUGUAUGGGGGAGGGAGGAAGGAGGAGGAAAGGGAGGGGGUUAAGCAACAGUGAGAGAAGUUUCCGGAGGUUGGAAAUAGGGGGGAACUGAAGAGGAUGGAAAUUAUGAAGGAGAAGAGAAAGGAGAAGAGAAAGGAGAAUAAAGAAGAGGGUAAUGCUGGGUUGAUAAUGAAUAAGUAUGGGAAUACUUUACCACCUAUCAAACUUGAAAAAAAAACAGAACUUCAUGAGAGGGUCUCAGGUCAAGAUCAGAUAAAUCCUCAAAAGAAGGUGAAAUCCAAGCCUUUACCGAAUAACAAUGAUCUUAAAGAGUUAGAGCCCUUAAACGAUCCUGUUAAAAUCAUCAAGAAGCAACAAGUAAAUCCACUUAAAUUCAAAAAUCAAAAGGAAGAGCCUAGGUCUCCAGUGCAGAAUAACUUUGUAGAAACUAGAAGAGGUAGUUAUAAGCCAUAUUCCUUAAAAGAGUAUCGAAAGAAAGAAGUUGGUUCCAAGACACACCGGAUGGGAGGCCUCGGUGCUAACAUCGGUUCUGAAGAAUGGGAAAAACAGAACAGCAAGCUUCAAGUAAUGAAACAGUUCUCCUCAAGAGUCAAGGUCUCCAACAAAAUUACAUUAGAGAGCAUGCCUAAGAAGAGAAGAGAGCCAGUAAAAGAGGUUUCUAAGCUUGAAAAAGCCCUUGAGUUUGCUAAAAAUGUUCCCAAACCUAAACCAGCCAUGCCCAAAAACCCUAAGGUUAUUAAGGAGAAGAAAUCUAUUGAGCAGUUGAAAGAUAAUUUUAUUCAUGGUCUUGAUUCUGUUCCAGAUGAGCCAAAGCAAUCUGAAUUGGAAGAGCUCAACCAAAAACAUGAAAAUUUUGUGAAUGAAGUCAAUGAAAUUAAAAAAUUAUUUAUGUAA